AUGUUUGAGCGUUUCCAUCACCAGCUAAAGACCGCCCUGCGUGCCGUAGAAGACCCAGGUAACUGGUCGGAAAACCUUCCUCUUGCACUCCUCGGCAUUAGCGCAGUCCUGAAGUCGGAUUUGGACUGUAGCGCAGCUGAACUGGUCUUCGGCACUAUCCUCAGAUUGCCAGGCGAGAUGAUCAUUCCAACCUCUCGUGGUGCCGACCAGACACCUGAAAACCUUGUGCACCGUUUGCAUCAAUUUAUGCGCUCGCUUUUCCCGGUUCCACCUCGAACUCCAAUGACUGAGUCUUAUGUCGAAAAAGACUUUGAAAACUGUACUCAUGUGUUCGUCCGGUGUGACCGUGUACGCCAGCCGCUGGAGUCACCCUACGAAGGACCGUUCCGCGUGCUCGCGCGCAACGCCAAGACCUGCCGGAUUCUUUGCGGUGAUUAG